AUGCUAGCUACACUUAGCCCACUUUCUCGGUCACUUGGCGGCGUUGGAUGCAGGGCGUUCAACCAGACAGCGAGACGUUGGGCCACAAAAGCACCAGAGGUUUCAUUAAAAGCUUCUUGUGGUGGCUUGAAUAAUGUCAAGUCAGAAACCAAUCGAUUGGAGAAGACUCUCCAGCGGUUCUGGUCGAAAGCCGACAGUGCUUUCAACGAGGAGUCAAAAAAGUGGGAAGUGCAGUUGGACGGGACACCGUUGAAGACGCCGUUAGGUCACCGACUCUCCAUCCCAGAAAGAAAAGAGCAGUUGGCGCUUCUCGUGGCACACGAGUGGGACAGUUUGGUUGACUUGAAGGUGAAGCCAUCAAACUUACCCUUGACAUCGAUGACAUCGCGUGCAGUGGAUAUGGAAAGAGUACACUUUGCGGAGAAAGUGGACCCAGAGAAGGUUUUGAAGAUUGGAGAGCUCCAGGACGUGAAGGAGAACUUGAUUAGAUACUUGGACACAGACACGUGCCUUAUAUUCGCCACGGAGGAUGAGUACGACGGCAAACUAAGAAAGAGACAAAAGGAGUUGUACGGGCCUUUGAUAGAGGAGUUCAAUGCGUUCUUUACCGAAUUUGCCAGGCAGAAUGGCCACUUGCCAUCACCAGACUACAAAGUGCAAUUGCAGACUUUGGAUUGCGAGACCGACGGGCUCAGAGGAAACAGCCAGACUGAAACGGAUAAAGCCAUUGUGAUUAAGUGGCUCGACAAAUUGCCCAUGUUUGACCUUGUGGCAUUGGAAAGAGCCGUGCUUACGUCCAAGUCUUUCUUGUGUGGAGCUAGUGUGUUGAGGUCCAACACCACCGAUGAGAGGUUCACGAAGGAGAUAUACCAGGUUAACAAGGCCAGUGAGCUGGAUUACUUUUUCAAGGAUAUUGAAGAGAUCAUCGAGUUGGGCAACUUGGAGACAAUUUUCCAGACCAACGAAUGGGGUGAGGUUGAAGACACCCACGACGUGGACCUGGCCGACUGGCGUAGGACGCUUAGUGCCUCCGCUCUUGUAUGCCGAUAA